GGGCUUGGGUGGCUCAGCAGAUUAAGUGUUAAGUGUCUGACUCUUGGUCUUGCCCAUGUCAUGAUCUCACAGUUCGGGAGAUUGAGCCCCACGUUGGACUCCGUGCUGACAUUGCAGAGUCUGCUUGGGAUUCUCUCUCUGCCCCUCCUCUACCCAUGUGUUCUCUCUCCCUCAACAUAAAGAAAUAAACUUAAAAAAAAAAAUAGUGCAAGGGAGAGAGCCAGCAGAGGCGUCGCGUCGCUACCACCACAUCCACAGUCAUGCUGAAACACGAGUUGUUUGUGGACAUGACCUGUGAAGGCUGCUCCAGUGCAGUCAGUCGGGUGCUCAAUAAGCUGGGAGGAGUUGAGUUUGGCCUUGACCUGCCUAACGAGAAGGUUUGCGUCAACUCUGAGCACAGCGUGGAUCUUCUGCUGGAGACCCUGGGAAAAACAGGACAAGCUGUUUCCUACCUCGGCCCCAAGUAGUGAGGGCCUGGACCCUGGGCCCAAGAUGGAGCAAAGCGGGCAGGCCGCUGAUCCUCUCCUGCCUUCCCGACAGACCUGGGCCUGGCAGUCCUACUUAGCAGUGGGAGUUCCUACAGAGACCCUCACUUGCCCUGCUCCUCCCUAGCGUCCCUGCAAUAAAAUCGAGCCACUUUGGUUGUAAGUGUUUAAAAAAAAAAAAAAAUAGUGCAAGGGCAAUUAAUUGUGCAAGGCAUUUAUUUUAUUAAGGGUAGAAAAUAUUUCCGUAGAUUGAUAAUGUGAUAGAUGAUUAACUUGGAUCAUGUUAUAGAUGAUUCAUUGCCUCCUUAGUUAAGGCAACAAGUCCUUUAUGAGAUUCAACCCUAGCUGGUAUACUUAGAAUGGUAAUUUUUUUUUUUUUAAGUUUAUUUAUUUUGAGAGAGUGAGAGAGCACGUGGGAGCAGGGA